AGCAUUUGAUAAGUGUAUAAAUUUAGCUAGUUUUGAUUUUAUAUUUUAGACGACUUUACAAACAAGAAAAAAAAUUAAUUUAAUAGCAUAUUAAGACCAGCUAUUCGUUUUCAAACCUCUCGUCUGUAAUUUAUAUUUUGCAAUUAGAGCAUGUUCUGAAAAAAAUACAAACUAUUGUGCUUCGUUAGCUAUCCACUCAAAAAACUUAAAUACAGAAAUAUAAAUGUCUGACUAAUGGUGUCAAAAAUCAUAUUUCCUCCUUUUGUUUAUAUUCAACCAUAAUUCAAUAGAAUAAUGCCUAAAGUAAAAUCAGAAAAGAAAUCUCGCGAGCACACUGCUCGUGUGAAACAGGGCGUGUGUUUCAACACUCAAGUGGGGCAGCACAUUCUCAAGAACCCUUUGGUUGUGAAAACAAUGUUGGAGAAGGCAGCUUUAAGGCCAACUGAUACAGUUCUUGAAAUUGGUCCAGGUACUGGAAACAUGACUGUAAAAAUAUUGGAGAAUGUGAAAAAAGUUGUGGCAUGUGAAAUUGAUCCUAGACUUGCUGCGGAGUUGCAAAAAAGAGUACAAGGGACACCGAUGCAGAGGAAAUUACAACUCAUGGUUGGAGAUGUGCUGAAAGUUGAACAGUUGCCAUUUUUUGACAUUUGUGUUGCUAAUCUUCCGUACCAAAUAUCAUCUCCAAUUGUAUUCAAACUGCUUCUUCAUCGUCCAUUUUUCCGAUGUGCUGUUUUAAUGUUUCAACGGGAAUUCGCACAUCGAUUGGUUGCAAAACCAGGAGAUAAAUUAUACUGCCGUCUUUCAGUGAACACGCAAUUGCUAGCGAGAGUUGAUUUGCUUAUGAAAGUGGGAAAGAAUAACUUUAAACCACCACCUAAAGUCGAGUCAAAUGUAGUACGAAUAGAACCAAAGAAUCCGCCCCCUGCAAUUAAUUUUACCGAAUGGGAUGGUCUUGUACGAAUCGGAUUUUUGCGGAAAAAUAAAACUCUUGGAGCUGCUUUCAAAAACAAUUCGGUUCUAGAAAUGUUAGAAAAAAAUUAUAGAAUUCAUUGUUCUCUUACGAAUGAAACUUUACCUGAAGAUUUUUCUUUAAAAGAUAUGAUUAAUGAACUAUUACAAAAGAAUGGUUUUAGCGAUAAACGUGCCAGGACUAUGGAUAUGGACGAUUUCUUAGCUUUGCUUCAUUUAUUUAAUUCAAAUGGGAUACAUUUUGCUUGAUUUCAAUUUUGUCGUUUUGAUAUUAUGCAAAUUAGCAGGGCUGUAAAAUAUUUGAAAAGUGCUAGUUUUGUGUUGCCUGUUUUAAUCUUGAGUUCUGGGAUUUCUAGGCGUACUUCUUGCCUCUUAAUUAACGGGUUUGCUAAAAAAGUGGAUGUUGAGUUAAAGCAGGAACAUUUUAUGAAUUAUUUGGUGUUUUAGGCUUAUAAAAGAUAUAUGGCUAUAUUUGACUGGAAUUUGUUUUGGUUUGAAUCAUGAUUAGCAAACAACACACGGAAGUCUACUAGUUUGAAAACUGUCCAAGUGGAUCCAUUUUCACUGUUAUCAAAAAUCUUACUUCAAAUCGGGCUUCAAUUGCCCAAAAUGAUAAUUUGCAAAUACCGAUAAAGCUAUUCUAAACUAUCAUGUCACCAUUUUUUUUAUCUUGGGCAUCACUGCCACCAGCAAUUUAUCGUUCUAUUUUUAUCCAUGAGUUAAAGUUUCUGGGUACAGACUCGUAGCAGUGAUGCUUCUUCAUUUAAAUUUAAGAUAUUUGUACUUUGAAUUUCAAUACAAAAGUCUGUGGAUGUGUUAGUGAAAUUAUUGUACAGA